AGGUCAGGCUAACGCUGGACAUGCUGGUGAAGUGAGGGAAUGAGCAGCAAGAGACAUCAUGUCUUUCAGCGGGGACACUCUGAAACCUCCGCUGCAUGAGCAGAUAGCGGAGAUGCAGCGUAAAAUACAACUGCUGGAGCGCGACAGAAGCGCUUUCUAUGAGAGCUCUCAGUCCAGCAUGAAGGAGAACUCGGAGAACAUCCGGGUGCUGAGGCAGGACAACAAGAGGCUGUACAGGAAGCUGGCAGAAGUUCACACAGGAGAUGAUCAUGUCAUUAAAGAGGCCUUUCACAACAGAGGCAUGGAGAAGAGCGCCUACCGCAACAUGUCAGGCAAGGCCGCUGUGACAACAGUAGAUCAGAGGGUGUUAACUAAGAAGAAGCGUCUCAAUGCCCUCAAACACACCACCCAGACCUACCAGCAGCGCCUUGAAGAGCUGAGGGUGGAUCACCAGAGACUGAAACCUGAGGGCAGCCGUGGAGCUCAGUCCUCUGACGCUCGCACCCGGAAGAAAGAGGAAGAUGCCAUGAACCUGCGGGCACUCGAGAACAGUCUGGAGAAGACAAAGUUUAAGUGCAAGGAGGCUGAGAACAUCACGACUAACUAUCUGAAACUCAAAGGUCACCUGCAGGAUGAGAGUCUGACUUUCCAGGGCCAGCUGGACAGUCUGGAGGCAGAAAUCCUGAAGCACAGGAAGGAGCUUCACAGCCUGCAGGUCAUGAACAACGACACCCAGCUCUCUAAAGAAGCUGCUAAGGCUGAGUUACAGCAGCUGGAGGAACUGCUCUACAAGGAGCGCAAAGAGAGAGAGUGUAUUAUCGCCGGCUACAGGAAAAAAGUUGAGGAGCGCAAAGCCCAGGCUGAAAAAGUUGAUAGAAGGAGAACAACUAUGCAGCCAGAUGAACUGAGCAGUGAGGCCCCGCGCAGCACCACCAGGAUGGCAGGUGAUGAAGAGGAGAAGGUCAUGUCCACUUUUGAGGAGGCCUUCCAACGCAUCAAGGAGGCCACUGGAGUCACAGACAUACGGGAGAUAGUGGAGCGCUUUACCUCGCAAAAGGAGACACAGCAACAUCUGGAGAACCUGAUGGGAGAGAAUAAGAAAGUCCUGCAGCAGCUGAAGGAGCAAACGGAGCUGCUGAACCAACAGUUUCAGGAUAUGAAAUAUUCGGGAGAGGCUAAACUCUCCGGUGACCAACAGAUGCUGGAGGAGUGCGAGCAGCGGCUGCAGGCUCAGCAGCAGAGGUGCCGGGCAGCUAAAGAGAGACUGGAUUGGCUUGUUAAAACGCUCAGCACCAUUCGAGCCGGAGUGGAGCACCUGACAGACAAACUUCAACACAUCACACUGGGCGAGGACCAAGUGGCGGAGGUGUCCCCAGACUCGGAUGAGUAUGUGUUGUUGCUGAUGACCCAGUGCGAUCGGAAGCUGAUGGUACUCCAGGACGAACUCCAAGGAAAAGAUCUCGCUGGUAUUAUGAAGGAGAUGGAGGAAGAGGAGUUCCACGUCAGGAUUGAGGGGAAACUACCAGAUUACAACACGCGAGUCAAGCUCCCUGAGGACCAAAUACUGGACCUCUUCAAUGACGUCGCUGUUUGUGUCUCAGAGGAGGAGAGUGAAGAGGACGACACUGACAUCAUCUCACGUGAGGCGCUGAAGCGUCAGUCUCAGCUGAUCAUUGACGCCAAGUCCAAGAAGAAGCCCUGGAAGAAGAAGGGAAAGUUCUGAUCCAACAGCACAACCUCGAGACUCAAGAAAAACAAAACCAAAAGAACAUUGAAGUGAAUUAAGAGCUAGAGUUGAGAAAAUGUCCAAUUACUAUUUGAAUCAUUUAAUGUUCCAGUCGUUUGUUGCAACAAAGAUUCUUGCAUUUCAAAUAAAUUUUGAAAACACAAAUUUAUUUUUAGACUUCUUUGAAAGAUGAGCCCAAUUUAACAGCUUUUAGACAUUAGAUUUUUAUAGAAUGAGCCAUUGAAGCUGGCUACUUGCUGUAAAAGUGGAUUUAUUGUGACAACAGUAAUGUUCUCUGUCAGGUGUCACUGUUGUACCAACACCA